UUUGUUUGUUUUUUAUUUGUUUUUUACAAAAAGAUUAAACAUUCUUUUGGAUAUAAAUAUAAAAAUAAGGCAAAAAAUUUGAACAAUCAGAGACCUCGCAUUAAGAUUAUUAUUAAGAUACACCUUCAAUCUAAGAUACAAUUUUUUAAAGUUUGUUUGGCCAUUAAGUGUGUGUGGGGGGGGGGGGGUUGGAUGUGUGAGCAUUACCUCCAAUUUAAGAUACAUUUCAUUAUUUGAUACGUUUUUGUUGAGUAAUGUGUAUAAUUCAGCAUUAGGAGAUGUAAAAAUUUGGCUUGCCAUGAAGUGAUUAAGUGAGGGAGGGAAUAGAUGGCCGAUGCCUUUAAGAGUUAUCCUCUAUUGUCUCAUUAUCUCAUACGAUUUUUCAGAUUUGAGAGAUCAUUAUAAUGGCAUUCAAACUUAAUUUUCUCCUUAAAAGAUUUGUUAAACAUUUACCUUUCCUUUUAAAAAAUUAAUAAAUUCCUAUUAACCCAAUAUAAAACUAGCUUUUCCUUUCUUUUAAUAUCUAAUUCCUUUGCCUUAUAUUCCUCUUUUUUACUACAUUCAUAUAUCCCUUUUUUUAUUAAAAACAUUUUUCUUACAGCCUUUUAAGCCUUUUUAUUUUUUAUUAUGCGCAAAAAAUGGGAUUUUGGUCAUAUAUUAAAGCGCAGUUUUUGGAUUUAUAUUUGUAUGUAUAUCUCUUUAUGUUGCACAAGCGGAUGAAUGUGAAUAAAAAUAGAUUAAUGUCCCCAACCUUUAUUAUAUUCUGGUUAAGCUGGCUCUAUUACACAAUGUUAAUGCACAAACAUACAAGUAGAGGUGUGUGGGAGAUAAAGACUUGUGCAGCAAAAAAUAAAGGGAUUUCAUUUAUACGCACUUUGUAUGUCCAAGUUUUAAUUUCUUCUAUCUUUCCAACAAAAAAUUCCUAGUUGCACAUCCUUAUAUGUUAAUUUUAACAUCCCUGAACUUUGGAUAUAUUACGUUGGAUUUAUUCUCCUUUUCGGUCAAGUUUUACAGUUCAAUUCUAAUCUCCGAAAAUUUUCCCAGAAGUGAGAUACCUGA